GUGAGUAUGUAUGAAUUGAAAAUAUUAGCAAAGGGAGGCGUGUCUUCUCAUUAAUGUUUUGAGUAACAGUUUUGCCACAUGCACAUGACAUGAUUGUGUAGGUGUAUUUCAAGUUGGUGGUCAGGAGGAAACGGAGGAAUAGUUUUAGCUGAUGCAAUAGUAAAUAAUUUGACGUGUGCGAAGAAAAGUUGCUGAUUGCUGUUUUUCUCGCAGCCACGCACGCUUAAUGAUAUUUAAGCCUGCUUUCCGCAGUAGAAUCUUAGAAUCCUUUGCAACAGUUCCUGGUGUCAACCGACUGAACAAGAUCUCAUUGAUCCUUAGUUUUAAAAAAUCGACGAUGGCAAAACGAACCCAACCAGCAUGGUCUCCACCUCAAGGAGCUUCUGAGCCUCAACUCAAACUUUUCAACAGCCUUACAAGACAAAAAGAACUGUUUGUGCCUCAGAAUGGGAGGAAAGUUCUCUGGUACAGCUGCGGGCCAACAGUUUAUGAUGCUUCCCACAUGGGACACGCCAGGUCGUACAUUUCAUUUGACAUCAUGCGGAGAGUCCUCACAGACUAUUUCAAUUACGAUGUCAUGUAUGUGAUGAACAUCACUGACAUUGAUGACAAGAUCAUCAAGCGUGCUCGUCAGAACUAUCUGUAUGACCAGUACGUCAACAAGGGCCACAGCCUGAACAAAAUCCUUGAAGAUGCUGAUAGUGUUGUUGAUGCUUUGCUCGAUAACAUUAAUGGAACUGAUGACCAGGACAAGAAGACUAUGUUGAAAGGCAUGAUGGUCAAAAUUUCUGAAGUCCUCAAGGAAUUGAAGGCAGCGUUCCUCAGUAACAAUGAGACUGUUAUCAAUGAGAAGCAAGCAGCUUUUUUAGCUGAGGCCAAAGAUGCAAUAUCUAAUUGGCUUGACAAGAAAUUUGGCGCAACAGUGAAGGACAAUUCCAUAUUUUCGGAACUGCCUCGUUAUUGGGAGGCAGAGUAUCAUAGGGACAUGGAUGCCCUGAAUGUCCAACCCCCCCAUGUUCUAACUCGUGUCAGCGAAUAUGUUCCUGAAAUCAUCGAGUACACCAAGAAAGUCAUGGAAAAUGGAUUUGCAUAUGAGUCCAACGGCUCGGUGUAUUUUGACGUUCAGGCUUUCGACAGACAGAAAGGCCAUCACUAUGCCAAACUUGUGCCAGAAGCUUUUGGAGAUGAAAAAAGUUUGCAGGAGGGAGAGGGUGACCUGAGCAUUUCGAAAGACAAGUUGCAAGAGAAAAGAGCACCUGUUGACUUCGCACUGUGGAAAAGCUCUAAGCCUGGGGAGCCUUCCUGGGAGUCGCCAUGGGGACUUGGCAGGCCUGGUUGGCACAUUGAGUGCUCAGUAAUGGCCUCUGCAAUUUGCGGCGAGUCUCUAGACAUCCACACUGGAGGAGUAGACCUCAAGUUUCCUCAUCAUGACAAUGAGUUGGCGCAGGCUGAGGCCUACUUUAACAAUGACAACUGGGUUCGUUACUUCUUACACUCAGGACAUUUGACCAUUGCUGGUUGCAAAAUGUCCAAAAGUUUAAAGAACUUUAUCACCAUACGUGAAGCCUUGAGUCGCAACACGGCCCGACAGCUACGACUUGCAUUCUUGCUGCACUCAUGGAAAGACACUCUGGACUACAGUGCCAGCACCAUGGAGCAAGCAACCCAGUUUGAGAAAUAUCUUGGGGAGUUCUUCUUGAACGUCAAAGACAUGACUCGCUCAUCAGGAGGAACUACCUUGGACACUUUUGAUAAGUGGGGUGCUGCUGAGCUUGAGUUGAACAAUCGUUUUGGAGUGGCUAAAUCGACAAUUCAUAAUGCUCUUUGUGACAACAUUGACACAAGAAGUGUCAUAGAAGAAAUCCGAGAAAUGGUCAAUGUGAGCAACAACUACAUCAGGUCCAAGAAGGCCAGCCAGGAUCAGCCAAAUAGACUUCUGCUAAAAAAUGUUGCCGAGUAUAUCACUCGCAUCAUGAAGGUCUUUGGCGUGAUAUCUGGUGACAACUUGAUUGGAUUCCCCAUUUCUGGAAGUGGUGCUUCAAACACUGAAGAAUUGGUGAUGCCAUAUCUCCAAAUUCUUGCCGAGUUCAGGGAAAAUGUGAGAACUGAAGCCAGGACACUGAAAGCUGUGGCCAUUCUUAAGGAAUGCGAUAGGCUGCGAGAUGAUGCACUACCUAAUGUAGGCGUCAGACUGGAAGAUAAAGAAGCUGGCCAUCCUGCUGGAAUUAAAUUAGUCGGUAAAGAAGAGCUCUUGAGGGAGAAAGAACUGAAGAGGAAGCAAGAGGAGGCCAAACAGCUUGAAAAGGAAAGAAAAAAGGCAGAACAAGCUGCUCUUUUGGAACAAAGAAAGAUCAAGCCCUCUGAGAUGUUUCUGAAGGAAUCCGAUAAAUAUUCCCAAUUCGAUGAUAAGGGUAUUCCGACUCAUGAUAAGGAGGGGAAAGAAAUCAGCAAAGGCCAACAAAAGAAAUUGCUUAAGCUGUAUCAAGCACAAGAGAAGAAAUAUAACGAUUAUCUUAAAGAGAGUGAAAAGUAGGUUCAUUCACUUUCAGGUUGGGACAAGAAGCACGAGGAUGCUGAAAAACUAAUUCAUUUUGAAUAAAGUAAUUUCAUUUAACUUGUUAA